GAGAAUAUGAGUGUCAUAUAUUGAUAAGGUGUGUUGGUUGAUAAGGAAAUUGUGGGACCUGACGUCAGGAAAGAGAAAUUACCUCUAUAAAUAUGGGCGUCUGAGAGAAAAGGGGAGACUGACUACACAACGCUGCAAUUCAGAUCAGCUAUAAAGGACGGCAUAUCUAUUCGGAGCCCAAACAUGCCUAUUUCGAACACCUCCUCAUCUUCUACAAAGAGCAUCCCCAGAGCACUCUCCGAGCUUGACAGAUCCGACUCUAUUACGUCACCAAGAUUCGUGGGUAGACGACAGAGCUUGAUAGAGGAUGCGAGGAAAGAACGGGAGGCUGCGGCCGCAGCGGCAGAGUCGUCCGAGGCGAGUGAGCAGAUCGUUUUCGAGGAGGAGGACGGCAAAGCCCUGCUCAACCUGUUCUUUACUCUGAGGAAUGGGAAGAUCCCAGCACUAUCACGCACACUCAAGGUCUUCGAGACGUUCGAGGCGAAAAUCCAUCACCUGGAAACGAGGCCCAGCAGGAAGCGCAGGGAGAGCCUGGAGGACCUGGAAUACUUUGUGCGCUGUGAGGUGCACCUGGUGGACGUCAGCACCCUCAUCAGUUCAGUCAAGCGGAUUGCAGAAGAUGUCAGGACGACCAAAGAGGUUAAAUUUCACUGGUUUCCAAAGAAAAUUGCUGAGUUGGAUAAUUGCCAUCACUUGGUAACAAAAUUUGAUCCGGACUUAGACCAAGACCACCCGGGAUUUACAGAUCCUGUUUACAGGGAGCGGAGGAAGAUGAUUGGAGACAUAGCCUUCACUUACAAACAUGGUGAACCCAUCCCCAGAGUGGAAUAUACUGAAGAGGAAAUUGGUACAUGGAGGGAGGUGUAUUCCACACUGAGGGGGCUGUACACCACUCAUGCUUGCACUGAACACCUGGAGGCUUUCCGCCUGCUGGAGAGACACUGUGGCUACAGCCCAGACAACAUACCACAGCUGGAGGAUGUGUCUCGCUUCCUGAAAGAGCAUACAGGGUUUCAGCUACGUCCAGUGGCAGGUCUCCUAUCAGCCAGGGAUUUCUUAGCCAGUCUGGCAUUCCGUGUUUUCCAGUGCACGCAGUACAUUCGCCACGCGUCGUCACCCAUGCACUCCCCUGAGCCAGACUGUGUUCAUGAGCUCCUCGGCCAUGUCCCUAUGCUGGCUGAUCGAACAUUUGCCCAAUUUUCGCAGAACAUUGGCCUUGCCUCUUUGGGAGCGUCAGAAGAAGACAUAGAGAAGUUAUCAACUCUGUACUGGUUCACUGUGGAAUUUGGACUGUGCAAACAGGGCGGUACGGUGAAGGCCUAUGGAGCAGGUCUCCUCUCCUCCUAUGGAGAGCUAGUGCACUCCCUUUCGGAUGAGCCAGAGAGGAGAGAGUUCGAUCCCGAAGCUGCAGCUGUGGAGCCAUACCAGGACCAGACCUAUCAGUCUGUCUACUUUGUAUCUGAGAGCUUUGCAGAUACCAAGGAAAAGCUCAGGGCUUAUGUAGCAGGCAUCAAGAGACCGUUUUCUGUGAGGUUUGACCCGUAUACCUACAGCAUAGAGGUCCUGGACAACCCACUGAAAAUCAGAGGAGGGCUGGAGUCUGUGAAGGACGAGUUGAAGACGCUCAUCGAUGCACUCAAUAUACUGGCCUAG